CGCAGAUGACAACAUGCUGGCGGCGGGACACAGCGUUGCCAGCAGCACAAGAUCUGCACUCGUCUUCCUCCAGCUGCUGAGUCGCGGCCGGAUGUUCGUUUGGUCAGAAGCCCAGGCCAGGCGGCUUCUGGGACGCGCACGAGCUGACACCGAGGUCGACGGGGAACGGAAAUGGUUGGAAGACCAACUUGGGUGUCCAUCUAGUGACCAAGAGCAUACCCUCCCUGGGGAGGGGCUAGGGGCAAGGCAGCAGAAUGAAGGCCCUGAGGACCUUCAGUGCCGGCUACAUGCCGGAGGCAAUGACGGGGACUGGUGGGUUGGUGAGAGGCUCCUGGACUUGGGUGCUGGUGACGGUUAUGUAACCAGGAUUCUGGCUGCAGGUGCCCGCCAGAUAGACGUGACGGAGGCCUCAGUCAUCAUGCGCCACCGCCUCAGGGAGCGUGGAUACCGGGUGCUGGAUGCUUGGUCAUGGAUGAAGGAUGUGGAAGACGCUGAGUACGAUGUGGUCACCUGCCUGAAUCUGCUUGACCGUUGCGACACUCCCAGGACCCUCCUCACGGAUAUACACGCUAAACUGGCCUCCCACGGUGCCCUCGUCAUCGCACUCGUCCUUCCCUUCAGCCCUUACGUCGAGAUAGGUACCAUUGACAACCUGCCAUCUGAGGAGCUGGGAGUCACCGGCUCCAACAUAGAGAGUCAGGUCAACAGUCUUGCAAAAGACGUCUUCCCCAGUCUGGGAUAUAAACUUGAGCGUUGGUCCCGCCUUCCCUAUCUGUGCGAAGGCGACCUCGACCAGGCCUUCUACUGGCUCUCAGAUGUGGUCCUCGUCUUAAGCAAGGUGGACAGUGUCUCAGCAGACAUGACUCUCGAUGGGGGUGAGGAACAUUACAGUGAUGCGCUAGACCAGGUUACGAGUGGAUUGGGCCAGGUAAACAUUGAAAAUUAAUUAUUAAAAUGGGUGAAGUUUAAUUUUACAUUAUGCAGAAUGCAUACUUUGUAUUUUUUAUUUCUAUCUUAACCUAUGUAAGCCCUUGAAAUAAAGCUGCUUUUUACAUUGAAUAACAGUUG